UGCCAGUAUUUCACAGUCAGGCAGGGAGAGAGGCAGUCAACUUGACUUUCACCGCAGCAGUAGGAGACCCUAUCAGAUUUAUCAAGGAAGGGACUAAUACAUACUCCCUCACACUGGACACACGCAUACAAACACACACUAGUGGAGAGACCAGGGCAGAGACCGGACACACUCACUCACCUGUGCUUUGCAGAUUGGAGACACACCUGUAGUCCAGGAAGCAGACACACACACUCAAACUCACCCACUCACCUGGACCAUAUUCUUCACGCUCCAGCUCUGCUGGUUUACCUCUUUCCUGACUCGACUGAAGGAACAACAGCACAUCCUCCGGCCCUGUCUCCAGCUGCAGUGAUGGGAGCAUGUAGGAGAGUUUGGAGGUUGGGGGGCUGCGUCGGCCCUGUGUUGGCCUGGAUCGGUGCACUGUUCCUGGGUUCCAGCUUGGCCCAGCCUCCCCCUGCCUCCUGUCCUACGGGAGUCCCUCCCUCGAACCUGAGCCAGCCCCAGUACCAGUCAAUCCCAGGAGCAGACACAGGCUUCAUGUCCGCUGUGGUCCAGUCCUUCCUCCACACCGUCCAGCCCAACCCCUUCCCCAAAGAUUUGCUGGUUAAUUUAUUGGAGGGAAAUGGUAAUAUAUACGAUGACAAAACGACCAUUAAAGAGGUCCUUCUCUAUGAAGUUGGAUUCCUAGUGUGUGCUGCUAUAGGGAUUGUAUACAUUAUCCUGAUGCCCCUGGUUGGGUUCUGCCUGGCCUGCUGUCGCUGCUGUGGACACUGUGGAGGACGCAUGUACCAGAGACAGACUAAAGCUGUCCACUGUCACAGGAGAGGAUACUACUGGGCUACACUACUCACCACGCUAGUCAUACUUUCAGGGAACAUCUGCAUGUUCUUCAGCAACCAGUUUUUGAAAGUUAGUGUCGAGGACAGCUCUAUAGAAGUCAACAAAACACUGGACAACCUCCAAACCUACCUCACAGCUGUCCCACAGCAAAUUGACAGUGUGCUGAUAGAGAGUAAUAAGACAGUGGAUGAAGUCACCAGAAGCCUCAAUAAUAUAGGUCCUCUGCUGGGCAGGGAGAUCCAGAGAAGUCUAGAGGGCCCCCUGAACCUUGCCCUGCAGUCUGUCAGCGAUAUGGCCAAUGUGGUGAACAGUACCAGUAUCCUGCUGGUGAGGUUAGACUCUACUCUAACCCACUUCCAGUCUGAUGUGGCUGUGGUCCAGGCUAACGUUAGCUCUGUCAGAGACCGCAUCAACAGCACACUGAGAAACCCUAACUGUGCUGAGUGCUCUGCCGAUCAGUCAGAGCUACAGAAACUAACAUUUGACACUGUCACUAUCCCCAGUCUGAGUGAGCUGCAGUCGGCUGUCGAUAACGUCACCAAGGCUGAUCUCAACUCUAAAGUGAAAGAGGGAGAAGACUUCUUUGCCAGUAUUCCCCAAAAAGUGACCAACGACACCAAGGACGUGGUACAGAAUGUGAUGCAGCAGCUUGAAGACAUCAAGAGACAGAUCUUUGAGGUGAAGGGAAACAUCCCUGUCUCUACCCUCAGCAACAUCUCAGACACACUGGGAGAGGCUCAGAGAUACAUCAGCAUGUACUCACCACAGGCAGAGAGGGUAGAGAUGAUCAGGUGGGCUGUAGGUAUUAUCCUGAGCUGUGUAGUUCUCCUGGUUGUAGUGUGUAACCUCCUGGGUCUGUUUUUGGGUCCGGUGGGACUGAGCCCUAAAGACGUCCCAACAGAACGAUCCAGCACCGCAGACUGUGGAGGAACCUUCCUCAUGGCGGGUGCAGGGAUAAGUUUCCUGUUUUCCUGGCUCCUCAUGCUGGUGGUGUUACUACUAUUUAUACUGGGAGGGAAUGUCUACACACUGGUGUGCCAGCCCUGGCGCAGUGGACAGCUACUACAGUUUGCUGACACUGCGGGCCUGAUACAUGGCUUCAAUUUAGGAAAGACACUGGGCCUGAAGAGCAACCUGACUCUUACUGAAGUAUACAAUGAAUGUGAACAGAACAGGCCUCUAUGGACAACACUCCAUCUGUAUGAGCUCAUAGACCUCAAUGAUUUGCUCAACGUGUCCAAAUACACAGAAGAGAUUCAGCAGCACUUUGACAGUAAUGAGAUCAAACUGUCUACCAUCACCCUGCUCACCCAUGAGAUACGCAAACAGCUACACAGCUUCUCUGCCAUAGCCCAUGAUGUCGACUUCAGCUCUGUCAGACAGCAGAUCAACAAUAUUGCCAGCAUUAAUCUGAAUGAAACAGCAGACAGGUUAGACAAACUUGCUGCUAUUCAACCUGAUCGAGGUAUUCAAUUAGAGCUGACCCAGGAGACUACAGUCCUGAGAGAGAUCCAGUUAUACAUGAACACUACCAUCAUCCCACAACUGACUCAGUUGAACUCCACCAUAGAUGCCCUUAGUGUCAUAGCAUCACAUAUCAAUCGCACAUUAGGAGAUGUGUUGAGUAAAGUGGGAACAGCUCAAGACUUCCUCAACACUAACACUUCACAGAUAGUCAAGGCUGAGAGUAAGGAGUUCCUGGACUGUCAGAUGGGGUACUUCAUGGCGUAUGCUGACUGGGCUAACCUCACAAUCACUCAACAGGUUGGUCUCUGUGGCCCAGUGGCAAAAGCUGUGGACUCAGCUGAGGUUAUAGUCUGCUCAAACAUGGUGCAAUCUCUGAAUGCAUUCUGGUUCAGUCUGGGCUGGUGUAUGAUCUUCUUUGUCCCCAGCAUCAUCUUCUCCAUCAAUCUGGCCAAAUUCUACAGGAGGAUGAAGCAUAGUGAUGUCUAUGACAACCACAUAGCCAUGAACACCAUCCCCCGAGCCCAAGUCAAACCCUACUGAGUUGGGGGAAAGAGGACUGGCCAGGACUGUUACUGCUCUCAGGGACUACAACCAUGAUUCUGCCACAACUCCCUGACAGAGGAUCAUGGAACAUGCCAAACAGAACUCUGUCACCCUCAUAGAAAUCAAAUGAUUGUCACUACCAGGACUCUGCCACCCCUACCUAAAGCUACCACAUGGAACAUUCCAACCAGGACUAAAUACAAUCACAUGGUGUAUUUCAAUAAGGAAGUGGUACGUUCCCUCAUUGAUGGACUAAAACGGAGGAGCGAUCUCACACUCACGUAAUGGACAGAAUAACUGUUUUCUGGAGACGCCAUAUGCGCCACACAUGUACCACAUAUUUCCAUGCCGUGUGUCAGGAAUUAAAGGACAAAUUCUUAAUGUCUGCAGUACACACACACACACUGAGGAAUACACAGAGUUCCUCUCAGGAGUGAUGCAGGGCAAAAAGGAAUCUACAUAAACUCAACAUUUCCCAUGAUAUCUAAUGGAUUCACUGUAUGUAUAUAACGCUACUGUAUGUUUUCAACCAGUAUUUGGUUUGAAUGUACCAUAAAGAACAUCACUGGUAUUUUUAUAUUUUAGAUGAUUUCGAUAUGGAAAAUGGGACUAACCCUACUAGUAUCACCUGAAUAAUGUAUAUAUGAUAAAUCAAAUAGGGUAGGUAUUCAACAUAACGUUUAUUAUCAUUUCAUUGUGUUAUCUACAAUGUCAUUGUGAGGUUCUUUUUAGUCUUUUUAUUUUAAUAUAGAUAUAUUCUUCUAAUGAAUUAUAUUGACUGAAAUGUGAUUCUGCUAUGAUAACAUUUUGUGCCAGACAAUGAGCAGGAUGUUUGUAUAUGUUACGAAGCACUUUUAGGUCUGUUUAUAUAGAAACAACAUUUCUGAGCAUUGUGCAAACUACUGUAAUUAAAGAUUUGCUACUUUCUCAAAUGUA